AUGGCAUGGGUAAGCCGUGCAUUUGAGAGUGAGGAGGAAGGCUAUCGUCCACCAGCUUCGCCGAUGAGUGCUUGAACCCGAGGAGUGCUCCCCUGUGACUAUAUAAUCAGGGAUCUAACCACACAUAUUCACUUCCUGCGCUGCGAAUACAACCAAAAUGGGUCCUUCAUUUCGAACGUGUUUGCUGAAAACUCCUUGCUGCGCAAGCUGUUCAGGACAAGUGUGUGCCUCUGAGUGAAGUUAUGGUGAAUGUAUGUGUUUGUGGUAUGUAGUUAUCAAACGCAAGUGACAAUCGGCAAUUAGUGAAGCUCAAGAUGAGCUUAGAGACAUGUCCGUUUUGUGGGAAGCCAUUCAAAAGGCUCAAAUCUCAUCUUCCUCACUGCAAAAUGUCCCCUGGGUCCAAGGCUGCCAAAAUCACUAACAAACCUAAAGAAAUACCAACUACUACUUUUAAACACACAAGUAAUAAGGAAAAGACAAAUAAAGUAAACACUGAGACUAAGUUGAAUUAUCCGACAUUUCAGGCAAACUCAAAAUCCCCAGUGAAAUCCAAAUCUAGAAAAGUUGAAAAGAUGAGCGUGGAUAAGGAAUUUUUACGCAACACCUCCUUCACACUCACAAGCACUGCAUCCAAAGUCCCAUCAACAGAAGGAAUGAACACAGACACUUUGAAGCCCAAAACCAAGUGGCUUGCAAAAAGAGAGCAGGAGAUGCUGAAACAAGCUAAACUGCAAACACAGACAAGAAUCGAAUUCACUUCAGUUUCUCAGCAGGAAAAGCAUAACAAUGAAACAUACAAAAACCGAGAAAAAGACACACUUUUAUUAGAAAAAGAAAUUGCCAGUGGGCAAAAAAAGCUUACAGGAACCAGUCUGACCUCUCAACUAACCACCAACAUGAUCAAUUGCACUGCCUCUGAUCCUUUACAAAGAGCUUCAUGGACCCCAGGCUGCCAGGUUAAGCAAAAUAUACCAAAGUGCAAAGAAAAUUCUAAUGUAUCAGAGCAGAUACAAAAUAGCCCAAAGCCUUUGACCAAAGAAUAUACUUCGGGUUCAGGAGUAAAAGAGCAAGGUGUGUCUAUAUUUCAAACUAAGACUUGUGUGUGGGACCACAUUAAACAUGGACUUUAUAAAAUGAGACAUGACUGUGUUCCAAUGACAUUUCCCAUAGUUUCAUCACACAAUGUGUCUUUUACUAAGUGUGUAAACACUUUAGAGUCUGUACUCAAGCCUCAUACAGGGAAUGAUCAAAAUGUCACUAUGAAGACUUCACCUGUACAGUUUCCAAUUUUCCAAACCUUGAGCCAAAGGCCAGUUGAAGACGUGCUCAGCUCACGAUUACAAAACAAGUCCGUUAUGGCAUACUCACCUGAGAUGGCUACAGGUUAUGGUGGAACAUUUUUCUUCUCAUCUCAUUCAGAAAUCUCCUCUAAUGAGAAUUUAUUGACGAAGUGCCAAACCUCCAAGCCUUCACCACAGAGGCAAGGCUUAAUGACAGAGCUGAGACUUGGAGAUGUGAGACUGAAUGAGCUUGCUUCUUGGCUUGGUGCUCGAACACCAAAAUCACCCGGGGAGGCUGUGUCAAUGUUUAACAAAGGUUGGCAGUGGUAUUACAGGAAGUACAUUGAUGUACAGAAAGGAGGAAUUGGAGGGAUUGCAAUGUUGAUCGGUAGCUACUGUGUCCUGAGUUACAUUUGGAGUUACCCCCAUAUCAAGAAACAGCGCUGGAGGAAGUACCACUAGAGUAUUUGGAGGACUUCAUAGGAUUUCAAAUCACACUGACCUCAGAGUAUUGCAAUAUGUGAAUUGCAAUACUUAGAGACUAGAUAUUUUAUAAAGUAAUUUAUUUAGAAUUUUGUAAUGCAUAAUGAAUUUCUGUUACAAACUUUGACAUACACAAACAAGUGUGAAUACUAAUAAAUGAUGAAUGCAAAUCAA